AGGCCAUCGUCUCGUCUCCACGCGCCUCCUUCUCCAUCAUCCCCCAUACGUCAGAUUCCUUCUCAUCUCCAUGAGCGUCCUCUUCUGAAAUCUCUUCCAUAAUUGUUAUCCUUAUCUUCUUCAUCUCUCUCUCUUUCUGUCUCUGUGUGCGUGAAAGCUUGAUUUGUCAUCAUGUAUAUAACAGCCUCUUCUACCGCCACAUCCUCCAUCCUCAGAGCUGUUUCUUCUUCUUCGCGCUCUGGGUUCUCUUCUCUCCGAUCCUUGUUGUCGCCUUCUUCUCCGUCGACCCACUUCGUCGGAUCUUCUCCGGCGGCGUCUUUCCUCGGACGCCGAUCGUUCGGCGCGUCCCCUGGUUUCCGGUCACUGCCUCGGUGGAGUCACUGCCUUCACCGUAGAUCGAUUCCGCUUCGUGUCGGACCUCAGAUCAGAGCCGUUUCUCCCGUCCUUGAGCGACUCGAGAAGACGUUCUCUACGAUGGCGGAGCAUCCAUUCAAGGGAAUCUUCACCAGUCUUCCUAAGCCUGGUGGUGGCGAGUUUGGGAAGUUCUACAGCUUACCUGCUUUGAAUGAUCCACGGAUUGAUAAGCUUCCUUACUCCAUCAGAAUACUUCUCGAAUCUGCAAUUCGUAAUUGUGACAACUUCCAAGUCACUAAGGAAGAUGUCGAGAAGAUCAUCGACUGGGAAAACACAGCUCCCAAACAAGUCGAGAUCCCAUUUAAGCCCGCACGUGUGCUUUUGCAGGACUUUACUGGAGUCCCAGCUGUUGUUGACCUUGCUUGUAUGCGUGAUGCCAUGAACAAUCUGGGCAGUGACUCCAACAAGAUCAAUCCCUUGGUUCCCGUGGAUCUUGUCAUUGAUCAUUCAGUUCAAGUCGAUGUAACAAGAUCUGAGAAUGCCGUGCAAGCCAACAUGGAACUCGAGUUCCAGAGGAACAAGGAGAGAUUUGCUUUCCUUAAAUGGGGUUCUACUGCUUUCCAGAACAUGCUCGUUGUGCCCCCUGGUUCUGGUAUUGUGCAUCAGGUCAAUUUGGAGUAUCUUGGGCGAGUUGUGUUCAACACCAAAGGCCUUCUCUACCCAGACAGUGUGGUUGGAACUGAUUCGCAUACAACUAUGAUUGAUGGGUUGGGAGUUGCUGGAUGGGGAGUUGGAGGUAUUGAAGCUGAGGCAGCAAUGCUUGGCCAGCCCCUGAGUAUGGUGUUGCCUGGAGUUGUUGGUUUUAAGCUGUCUGGAAAAUUACGUGAUGGUGUUACUGCUACUGACUUGGUCUUAACCGUCACUCAAAUCCUGAGGAAACAUGGUGUUGUUGGAAAGUUUGUCGAGUUUUAUGGUGACGGUAUGAGUGAACUGUCCUUGGCUGACAGGGCCACCAUUGCCAAUAUGUCCCCUGAGUAUGGGGCAACCAUGGGUUUCUUCCCCGUUGAUCAUGUUACUCUUCAGUAUCUCAAAUUGACCGGAAGAAGUGAUGAGACGGUUUCCAUGAUUGAAUCAUAUCUCCGGGCAAAUAAGAUGUUUGUUGACUACAAUGAGCCACAACAAGAGCGGGUUUACUCGUCGUAUCUGGAACUGGAUCUGUCAGGAGUUGAACCGUGUAUUUCUGGACCAAAGAGGCCACAUGACCGUGUUCCUCUGAAAGAAAUGAAAGCAGACUGGCAUUCAUGUCUCGACAAUACAGUUGGCUUCAAGGGUUUUGCAAUCCCUAAAGAGGCACAAGACAAAGUUGCCAAGUUUUCUUUCGAUGGACAACCAGCAGAGCUUAAGCAUGGCAGUGUGGUGAUUGCUGCAAUCACAAGUUGUACGAACACAUCAAACCCUAGUGUCAUGCUUGGUGCUGGUCUUGUUGCAAAGAAGGCCUGUGAACUUGGCCUCAAGGUUAAGCCUUGGAUAAAGACAAGUCUUGCCCCAGGUUCAGGCGUCGUUACGAAAUACUUGGCAAAGAGUGGCCUGCAAGAAUACUUGAACGAGCAAGGUUUCCAUAUCGUUGGUUAUGGUUGCACUACUUGCAUCGGGAACUCCGGAGAAAUCAAUGAAUCAGUUGGGGCUGCUAUUUCAGAAAACGACAUUGUUGCUGCGGCUGUGCUUUCUGGUAACAGAAACUUUGAGGGGCGUGUUCAUCCGUUAACAAGAGCCAACUACCUCGCUUCUCCUCCUUUAGUAGUUGCCUAUGCUCUUGCUGGAACGGUCGACAUUGACUUUAACAACGAACCGAUUGGCACGGGCAAGGAUGGAAAGAAUGUCUUCCUCAGGGAUAUCUGGCCAUCAACAGAGGAAAUUGCUGAGGUUGUUCAAUCCAGUGUUCUGCCUGACAUGUUCCGAGCUACGUAUGAAUCGAUCACCAAGGGUAAUCCCAUGUGGAAUCAGCUUUCGGUUCCCGCUAAUAGCCUUUACUCAUGGGACCCUAACUCGACCUACAUUCAUGAGCCUCCUUACUUCAAGGGCAUGACCAUGGAUCCUCCUGGGCCACACAGUGUGAAAGAUGCAUACUGCUUAUUGAACUUUGGUGACAGUAUCACUACUGAUCACAUUUCUCCAGCUGGAAGCAUCCACAAGGACAGUCCUGCAGCGAAGUUUCUAUUAGAGCGUGGGGUUGAGCGUAAGGACUUCAACUCCUACGGAAGUCGUCGUGGAAAUGACGAGAUAAUGGCUCGAGGAACUUUUGCCAACAUUCGACUUGUUAACAAGCUCUUGAACGGAGAAGUUGGCCCUAAGACAAUCCACAUUCCUACCGGGGAGAAGCUCUCGGUCUAUGAUGCAGCCAUGAGGUACAAAUCAGCGGGUCAAGAUACCGUUAUUCUGGCUGGAGCCGAGUAUGGAAGUGGUAGCUCCCGUGAUUGGGCUGCAAAGGGUCCCAUGUUACAGGGCGUUAAAGCGGUGAUUGCAAAGAGUUUCGAGAGAAUUCACAGGAGCAACUUGGUGGGAAUGGGCAUCGUUCCGCUCUGCUUCAAGGCCGGAGAAGACGCAGAUACGCUUGGAUUGACUGGUCACGAGCGUUACACCAUCCAUCUCCCGACCAAUAUCUUGGAGAUAAGACCCGGCCAAGACGUUACCGUCACUACUGACAACGGGAAAUCUUUCACCUGCACUGUCAGAUUCGACACCGAGGUGGAAUUGGCAUACUACAACCAUGGAGGUAUCCUUCCAUAUGUCAUCAGGAACUUGAGCAAGCAAUAGAUGCAAAAAUCCACAAAGAGAAGUUAAUAAGAGUGUAUCCCCUGCCAUUUUUCGCCUUUUUUUUUUGCUGUUUAAAGACAGAUGAGUUCUGUCAGAAGACGAUGAUUGAUCUCCAGCAAAAAUAAGAACACAGGUUUUUGUUUUUUGCCAUUUGCAAGAGCUACUAAGAACACUCAAAUCCGCACUUGGGUUCUUGGUGUUUUCUCAGUUGUAAGAAGCUGAGAUGUUGGGUUUUUUUUUUGUUGGAGAAAAAUAAUAACCAUUUAUGAUUAUGAAAUUAUGUAGUUUUCAUC